UUGACCAGCUCGGUCAGUGUGUUGUUGCAAAACAGAAUGUGGAUUUGUUUAUUGUACUUGGGGACUGUUUUGGCGGUCCCCACGGACGAAUUUCGAGCGAUUGUUCAUGAAGGAGACCUUUCUCCAGAUUUAUUGCUCAAACAAAUCAUUCCUUCAGGAUAUUCGCCGCAAAUCAUAAAUGAAAACACAGACUCCCAUAUACCAAACAUAGAUAAUAAGGACAACGAACACUUUAUAACAUUCAACGAUUACGUAGAAAAAGGUGUGACUGAAAAAGGACUCACAUUCAACAUCUACGAUGAUGACAUGAGAAAUGCUGCAAUCGCUUUGUUUCGUCUUCUUCGUGAUACUAGAAUAUACAAUAGAGUGGACUAUGAAAAAAUAAAGAAAUGGGCCAAUGCAAAUAUAAACAGCGAUAUGUAUGACUACGCAAAACGCCUGACAUCGUUGUAUAGCAUCAGUCGUGGAUCGGAAGAAACUUUACUGCCUCCUUUCAUAUUCAAACCAAACUACUUCGUCAACGGUGAAACUAUCAUGAAAGCGAUGUUUAUCAAAAAUAAUAAUGGCCAAUUUAGUGACAGUAACUUGAAAAACCAAGUAUUCAGAAUUGAUAAGAGGAUUAUUAUCAACAGCAAUUAUUCUGGAUGGAACAUUCCACUGAACGGCUGUGACGAAAAAAUUAGCUAUUUCAAAGAUGAUGCCACUCUAAAUAGCUAUUAUUACGGAGUUCACCUUCGUCACCCAUAUUGGAUGCCAAAUGAAGAGCUAGAUGAGAUAAAUCCGAAGCACCCUGAGCAUUUUUACUACAUUCAUCAACAACUAUUGGCGAGAUACCGCUUGGAAAAAGAACACCUUGGAACUGCAUUCGUAAAGUCGUCAAAACAAACCUGUGAACCAGAAUACAAUCCAUAUUUAUAUUACGAAAAUGGUCUAGCCUUUCCAACGAGGUCAUCUAUACUUGGUGAUAUGCAAGAAAACAUUACCUAUUUGAAAUCCAUUGAUAUUGCUAUAAAAGAAUGUAUUUACAGAGGACUUGUAUUUUUGAAUGGGACGUUCAUAAAAAUGUCCAGUGACAAUUACAUAGGCUUAAUGACAAAACUAAUAAGAGCUAAUUUGGAUGGAGUCAAGUCAGCUAAAAUUGUGCGAUCCAUAUUUGGCUAUGGAAACAACGGAUACCCAUUAUACAGAUACAACCCUACUCCAUCAUUACUUCACCACCCUCAAACAACGCUAAGAGAUCCAGUUUAUUGGUCCUUGAUUGAAAGAGGACUUGAUUAUUUCUCAGAAUUCACAAAUAACUCAGAACCUCUUGAUAUUUCUAAGUACGAAACUAAUGAGUUUGAAAUUCUUCAAUUUGAAUCCUCCAAGUUGGUUACAAUUUUUGACUAUAAUUUAAUAAACUUAAACAAAGCUCUACAGGGAGACACAUCUAACCAUAAUGGAAUCUCUAACAAUAACAUUUAUUCACGGCAGAGAAAAUUAAACCAUUUGCCUUUCAAUUUUAAUUUUACAGUAGUAUCAACAGCUACUAAAGACGUAAUUAUAAGAUUGUUCUUAGGACCUCAUUGUAAAUACAGCUGCUGGGAUUCACAUUCUAGAUUUUUCGAACUUGAUAGUUAUCGUUACACUUUGACAGAAGGAAUCAACAACAUUAUCUGGGACCCUGAGUCAUCUGAGCGAUAUGUCUACUAUAGUGCAAAUGAUUUUGAAAAUGAUAACGAGAAUGGUUACAACAUUUAUAAAUUCCCCAGAAACUUAGUGCUACCGAAAGGAUCAGAGGUUGGUCUUAAUUUGACUGUAUUUGUAAUGAUAACUGAGGACGACAAUUUGACUGAAAAAGAUGCAACUAUAACUCCUGUACUUUAUCACCAAUUCUCUAGUGAGAUCGAUAGUAAGCCAUUAGGAUUUCCUUUCCAUAAACACGCUGAAUCAUACAGUGACUCUGCACCUAAUUAUAGAUUUUUCAAUGUUACUGUUUAUCACAUGAAGACUUUAGAUGUUGACUUUAAUGGCUACUUUUCGCCUCAUUUAUAUUGAUUUCAAAUAUAUUUGUAAAUUUUUAUAAUUUAGGAACAUUUUAACAUCUAGUUGAACUUAGAUAAUGAAAAAUCUUUGCCUACAGGAUUUGGCAGUCUUGUAAAGUAAAUGUGACUGUAAGGAAACAUAAACUGUUUUAGUGAUCUCAACAUUCUCAACAGUAUUUCACUAUGAAAUGUUUUUUAGUUUGCAAGAUUGCCAAGUUUCCACUUUCAGUUUAGUUUUCAAAUUGGCUUAAGAAAAAAUAAAAUGAUGUUAAGAAAUAGGUACACUAAAUACCUA